AUGGUAAAGAGGAUAAUGGUGGACCAAGGCAGUUCUGUAGAAAUCAUGUAUUAUUCCCUCUUUCAGAAGCUGGGGAAAACACAGGCUGAUUUGAUUCCUGUUCUAUCACACUUGAUAGGACUCAAUGCGACUUCAGUUUGGCCACUUGGAAGGAUACGGAUGCCAGUGACGGCUGGUCCGGUUAUGGUUGAGGUAGAUUUCCUUGUUAUUGAUUUACCUUCAACAUACAAUGCAAUUUUGGGCAGGACAUGGCUGCAUAUGCUGGAGGCUGUACCAUCCUCUUAUCACCAGAUGCAAAAAUUCCCUUAUGAAGACAAUGUGGUGGAGAUAAGAGGAGACCCUUUGCAUCAAAAUAACACUUCAUGGCAAAAGUCAAGAGUAGACCCAGAAUUAGCCACCCAUAAGUUGAAUGUCAAGCUAGGCAAUAAGAUCAACAGUUCAACAUACAAUGGUAGUGGUCCGGGAGGUUGA